UGAGCGGGUGUGGCUUUACGUUCUGCACAGAUUGGGGAUUGGGUGCAAUGUUUGGAUGUUUAUGCUAAUUGGUUGCCCAGUUUGGCGGAUGAGGCGGGCUUCGUAGCGCCAUGUUGAGUCUCUGAAGUGACAGUUUGUGAGAAGUAUGGAAGACUCGGCUGAAGAACAGAGAAGAAGUAAAGUGCAGGCUGGGAAGGCUACGCUUGCUCACUUCAGACAGCGCAAAACAAAAGGGGAAAGCUCACAGACGUCGAAAAAGAAGAAGGCGAGGAAGGGUGCGCUUGUACACGCGAAUGACUUUUCGCCGGCGGAGAGCUCGUUAGCGGCUGCACAGAAUGCUGCAGAAGAAUCAUUACCUGUAGGAGGGAACACACAGGCAGAGGUUAGCAUGGAGAGCAGUUCAUUGGAUGUUCCAGAUCUUCAGCAAAACUUGUCUGAGUUAGAUGUCCAGCUCAACAUGAGACAGGCCACAGUUACUAGACAUGCAGACAAAAUCCCAGGGGCUAAUGAUGAUCAGGAGCUGGCUUCUCAAACUCUUCAGCAGAGUGCUCUCCAUGAUGAUGUUACCGCUCGGCUAUCGAGCAGCUUGCAGGAAACUCUGCAGAGUCGAGAGCAAAUGGAAGAAGAGUUCACGUUGCUAUCAAAUAAGAUACUUGCCAUCGACCUUCAACUCCAGGAUGUGAGCGAUGUUCUAAGAAACAAGAGUCCAGGAGAGACAGAAUUAUUAAACAUUCAGCAGAAAAUCUCUGUAAUUCAGCAGAAUUUUAAAGAACACGCCACACACAUGACCCAACUGGACAAGAGAGCUCGAGAUCUGGAAAAAGAGCUUGAAAUGUCUCGCAAGCCAACUAAUGAUGAGGGAAAUCGGAUGGCAAAACUGGAAGAUUUAAUACAGGAACAAGAGAAGAAACUCUCAAUUUUGCAAGAGAAGCUGCAAGCUUCCGAAAGUUCACUGUCUGCACUACAGCAGAAACAUUCUUAUAAUGAGCAAGAAAUCAUCGUAUUCCAUCAUAAUGUAUCUGUCGGCAUGCAGACAGAGCCUCUAUCGCCUCAUGAUGGGUACAUAUCCGAAUAUAGAGACCCCGUCUCUUGUAACAUUGGUGUGGACCGUCUAGAGUCUCUCACAGCUAUGAUUGGAGAUUUAAAAGAAAAACUCAUGGAAUCAGAAGCUCUCCGUGAGAGUUUGCACAAAAAACUUGAAGAACAGAUGCUUCAGUUUGAGAGUGAAAGAUGGAGCUGGGAACAAAAGCAUGCUGAUACAGUAAAGAAACUCACUUUGCAAUUAGAACAUGCAGAAGAGCAAGCAAAGGAGACUGCGGCCCAGAACAAACAAGAGAAAGAGCAUUUAAAUGAGGAGCUCCGUGACCUAAAGGAAAAGCUAAAGUUAGAAACUGAGAGCAGCCAGGCUCUUGAGAUGCAGCAUAAUAAAGAGUUGCAAUCUUAUAUGGUAAAACUACAAAACUUGGAGGAAGAAAGAGAUAAAAUCCACCAGGAGAUCUCCAGUGCAACGGAGAACACAAGUAGCAAUCUUUUCAUCACUCAAAGUGAAGUAAACAUCCUUCAAAAAGACUUCAAAAUUGACAAUUUCAGGCAUGAACUCGAGGAUUUAAAAAAGAGCUUUAAUAGAGUCAAAGCCAGAAAGGAACAUGAGAACUGUAAAGUAGCACAACUUCAUGAGGAAGAAGAUAGUGAAGAACUGCUUAACUUCCCCGAUGCCAACUCAACAAUGGAUAGGUACUUGGUGCCUAGUUGCAGGACAGAGUUUGAACAGUCUGAUAACCAGCAAGACUCCAGCCGUUUUGAGUUGGAUAGUGACUUUAUACUGGAACAAAGCAUGGAUUCUGCUGUGGAGGGGAACAUCAAUAUUCUUUGUUCACCUAUGCCAAUCACCAAUGUUUUAGCAGGGGGUGCUUCUGUUGGGAAUCUUCUAGAUCCAGAGUCUUUUGCAGUAUAUCUUUCAAACAACUUGUCUCCUGAUGGACAUAGUGAACUAAGCAAUAUGUCUGAUGAAAGCUUGUUUGAGAGGUGCACAGUACUAAUGGAGAAGCUGCAACAGAAAGAGCAGGAGUUGCAGCGAUGUUCUGAUACCCUGGAGGAAGCUCUAGGGAAAUGGCGUGAGGUGUCAAAGGAAUUGUCUAUUGCGCAAGAUGAGCUGGAACGAGAAAAGGCCAUCAAUAAAGGAGACUGUAAGGGAUGUCAAGAGGUAAUAAAAGAACUUAAAAUGGAAAGAGAUAUGCUAAGACAUAAAUUAUUGGAUCAUGAGCAGAAUAUCAAGGAUUCCUAUGAACAGAAACUAUAUCUAGAGGACCUCGGCCAUGAAAGAGACCUUCUGAAACUUUGCCUGUCGGAUAAAGAAAAAUCCUUGUCCCAGCUUUUGGGAGAUAACAAAGGAUUACAAGAGAAAUUAUCAGAGACAGAUCAUUCUCUGAAAAUGGCCCUGGAGUUAAAAGACAAACUCGAACUAAGCAAUUCUCAACUCACCGAAAGGUUGGAACAAUCUGAAAAAGACAGGGAGGCUGAUCAGCAAAAAUUUGACAAUAAAUUAAACUACAAAGGAGUUGAGCAGCAACUUCUGCAUAAGGCUGUUGAGGAAAAGGAAGCGGAAUUCUUAAGAAAGGAGAAGACUCUAUAUGAUGAAUUAAGUGCACUAAAGGAGGUGAAAGCGGAGUUAGAGAGUAGGCUGCAAAAUGAGGUUGUUCGUUUGAAUGAAGGCUUUCGGAAAAGCAUGGUGUUAUCCGAAGAUAAAUGGAAAGAGCAAAUGGAUUUGCUAAAACAGGAACAUGAGAAAGAGCUGAGGUUUCUUCAUGACAGACAUAAGGAGGAGCUUCUUGGGGUUCGCGCCAAUCUGAACAUAGAACAGCAGCAACAGAUGGAGGAACUUCAACAGAGACUUGAAGCAUCUCACAUGUCCCAUAUCCAGGAGACUAUGCAACAAACAAAAGCUGCUCAUCACUUGGAGUUUGAAGCGUUGCGUCUGAGUCUGACCAACAUGCAUGCUGCACACCUAGAAAUGAGUCAGGCAAACCUGCACAAAGAAAAGGAUAAUGCACUGGUACAGCUGCGUGAAGCAUUGAAUGAAAAGUGGGAACAAGAGGUGGCCAUCAUCCAGAGCAGACUCCAGUUUGAAAUGCAACAUCUUGAAAAACAACAUUCACAAGAGAUGGAGUGCGUCCGUGAGGAUCAUGUUCAAAAACUGGAACAGCUGAGAGAGGAUCAAUCACGUGAAAAGUUGCAAAUACAAGAGGAGCACACACGGGUUAUUGCACAGAUGCAGGAUGACCAUGCGCGGGAAAUGCUUGGUCUACAAGAACAGCAUAGCAAUCAGAUGGAAGCACUGAGGGAGUGCCAUAUCCAAGAAAAAGAAAACUGGGUGAAGAAGCAAGAGCAGCGAUGCCAAGAUGACUUUGACCUGCAUAGUGUGUUGGACGCAGAACACAAGAACCAGCUAAGAGAGCAGGAAGAGGCUCACAACAUAGAAAACUGCAGGGAGGAGGAGGAACAGGUAAUACUUUUACAGAUUGAAAAGCUGAAGGAUCAAUCUAGUCAAGAAUACAAACUCCUCCAGGCCCAACUAGACGACAGACGGGCCAGUCGUCGGGAGCUAAACGAUCUCAAAGAGCAGCUUCUGGCCCGCUCUGCUCAAGUAGGGGAGAUGGAAAGACUGAAGAAGGACUUUGAACAGCAGAAACUGCAAUUGAAAAUUGAUCACGAGAGGGAAAUGGAGGAACUGAGGAUAUAUUUUGAAGAGAAAUCUCGUGCAACAGAAGAAAAUUACAGGGAGGAAUCGGAAAUUCUUCAUCAGCGUUUACAGCAAAUGAAUGAGGAGGAGGAGAAAGAAGAGCUGACUAUGCUGAACAGCUCCGCUUUGGAUAUAGAUUUGGAGUCUGACAAUGAGCAGGGGGACCUUCUUCAGCAACUUACUCACCAGCUAGAGCAGCAUAAGGAGGAGCUUGUCUACUUGCGACUCCAGUCCGAGGAGAAGCACAGGCAUGAAAUAGAGACCCUGCAUGCAGCAUUAACUCUACAAUAUAAAGAGGACGUGCUGAACAUGAAAAUGGACCUUUCUGAAAGAUACCUGACUGAGAUGGAGGCUCUGAAGAGAAAGCACAGCAUGGAGCUGGAGCAGCUCAGGGCAAAGCUAUCAGAAGAGCAUAUUAGAGAGAUGAAGUUCCACCUGCAGAGGGCUCAGGAAGCUUCUUAUAAGGUGGAUACAGAGGCUGAAGAAAAGAUCCAAACACUGGAACAUCUGCCAAAUAGACGCCACCAGGAUGUCCUAAGCUUGGUUGCAAGCAAGGAUCAAUGUUGUCAGACAGAGCUGCAGCACAAUUUGUACGCUCCUGAAGCAAGUUCUGGCCAACUUGAAACAGAGGAACAGAUCAAGGAGUUGGUGAAAGUCACCCUUCUCCCAAAGGCAGAAUGUGACACUAAUAACCAGAACAGGUUUGAGCUGCAACACAAUGACAUACCACAGAGCCUCUUGAGAGGUCUGCAAAAGGAAAACAUCCCUGAUGUAUACGAGGAGGAGGUCAUAAAUACUGUCUCUGACUUAAACAAACAACUCAGCAUUCGUGUGUUUAACUUCAAGCAGCAGCACAAAAAAGAGUUAACCUCCCUGGUGUCGGAGCUUCAGUACCAACAUGAGGAGCAUCCCAUCUCUUUAACUGUGCAUCAGCACCAGCUUGAGGAAGAACUCAACGCUCAAUUAUCAGACUCGCAGAAACUGCACAAGGAAGAACUUCCGCCGCUGCAGGAGGAAGAGCUUGGUGCUCGGGUCGCGGAGCUCCAGCGUCUGCACGAGGAAGAGCUUGGCGCUCGGGUCGCGGAGCUCCAGGGUCUGCACGAGGAAGAGCUUGGUGCUCGGGUCGCGGAGCUCCAUCGUCUGCACGAGGAAGAGCUUGGUGCUCGGGUCGCGGAGCUACAGCGUCUGCACGAGGAAGAGCUUGGCGCUCGGGUCGCGGAGCUCCAGGGUCUGCACGAGGAAGAGCUUGGCGCUCGGGUCGCGGAGCUCCAGCGUCUGCACGAGGAAGAGCUUGGCGCUCGGGUCGCGGAGCUCCAGCGUCUGCACGAGUCACAAGUUCAACAUCUGGAGAUGACACACCUGUCAAAACUGGACACUUUGGAGUCGUCCUACCUUAUAGAGAUACAGAAGAUCCGUGAUGAGCAUGCACAUGCUGUGGCAGAGCUGGAAAUAUGUUUUUCUGAAUGCCUCCAGGAAAAAGACAAGGAAAUAUUGGGAAAAAUAACACAGGCAGAAGCUCAGUGGCACGAACAGCACAAACAGAAGCUAGAGCUGGCACAGGACCUCCUAAAGAAAGAACUAGCUGCUAUUCACCUUGAAAAAUUUCAGGCCAUGUCACAGGAGCUGGAAGCUGCUCACAUGGAGGACAUGAAUGAGAAACUAAGUAGACUGCGUUCCCAGCUAGAAGAGGAAAAAAGGCAGGCCCUGGAUGCUUUACGUGAGGAGGUGCUGCAAAUGGAACAACAGAACAAGCUUGCGUUGGAGGAGCUACAGGACCUGCAUAGGGCAGAGGUUCAGCAGAAGACCCUAGAGCAAUCACAGAAGAUGCAUGAUGAAGUGACCACGCUCAAAGAACAUCUCCAGAAACAGGAGAUAUUAAUCUCAGAACUGGAUUGUCAAUGUCGGGCACUGUCUGCAGAACUCAAAAACAGAUGUGACCAUGAGCUCCAGUUACAGGAGGAAAUAGAGUUGUUAAAGUGUCAGACACCUGUGCUUGUGGAGCAGCAGGUUACCCAGCUGAAGGGGGAGUUUGAUGCAAGCAAACACUGUGCUCAGCAGGAGAGAGAGCAGAUGACGACUGCCCAUCAGGCUGAAGUUGAAUGCUUAAAGGGACAGCUUGAAGAGAGGGGCCAAUUAGUACUAGAGUUACAGGAACAAGUGUCCUCCCUGACCAAAGAAGUGGAAGCCUUUAAAUCCCAGCUGGAGCUUCUUGUGCAGAGAAGGGAGCGUGAGAACCAGGAAGCAGAUAACUUGGUAGCGAUGCUACAGUCGGAUGCACACAAUUCCCAGCAAGAACUGAAAAAACUGCAAGAUUCCUGUCAGCGUCUUCUCAAGCUCUUCACUGAUGUCCUGAAGAGUACACUGUCAACAGAGGAUCUCAUAUGUAAGAACAUCGACAAAAGCUUGGCGCAGAGGGAUGUUGAGGACAGCAUGGACUCAAAGCCGUGGAGUGUCUCGAUGCAUCUUAAAGAUGAUGAUAAGCAUCGUGUAAGUCCAGACUGUGACACUCUUACUGAACACAGUUUAAUGUCUUCAGAUGAAGGCUGUGAGUUGUCAGAGUAUCUGUGUGAUAGUGUGCUCGGAGGGUUGGAUGCUGGCCUGGAAAAUGAGGACAAGGUUCUGCAAAUUAGCCAGCGAUUACGUCUUGCAGUCGAGAGACUCCUGGAGAUGGUUACUGGGUCAGCAGUCCAGAUUGAACAGACUCGAGAGAUGCAAACUCGCUUACAGGAGGAGUUCAGCAGCAGGUCUGAAGACAUGGCUCAGGUGGUGAGCCAAAACCAAGAUCUUUUAAAGCGACUGGUACAUGAGGCUGAGGCAAAGAAUCUCUUACAGGUGGAGCUGCACAAAGCCCAGGGCCUUAUUGAGGGUUUUGCUGCUGAAAAGGCAUCGUUGAAAGAGGCCUUGUCAGCAAAGGAGAGUGCAGAGCAUCAUUUGAUUCUAGAACUUGAGAAGUCACGCGAACAGCUGAAGAUCUUGACCAAGGAACCCACAGUGUCUGAUGAUCAGAAGGAAAUUCUAGUGAGGCUGCAGGAGAUUCUGUCUGGGAAUUCCAAAGAUGUUGAAGUGGAGCUGUUAAAAGAAACCGAACGUUUGGCCAGCGAAAAGCUGGAGCUAGCGUGCCAGGCAAAAAAAGAUCGGUCCAAUUUGCUUUCCCAGAUGAAGGUCCUGGAAAUGGAGCUCGAGGAACAAAUGUCUUGUAAUCAGGAACUCUUAAAAGAAACCAAAGAAAUGUCUGACCUUAAACAGCAAAUCCAGUCUCUGGAAAAGCAAUUAAAGAACCAGAGACAGUUUAUGGAUGAGCAGGCUGUGGAGAGAGAGCAUGAGAGAGAUGAGUUUCAGCAAGAAAUUCAAAACCUUGAGGAGCAGCUGAAGCAUGCGUCAAAGAAUCAAGGAGAUCUUAAAGGAUAUGGGUUCCUUGACUGGAGUAUCCAGGUUGAGAGCUUAGAAGCUCAAGUGAAAGAGAAGGCAGAAAACUGUAACUUACUGCUUAAGGGGAAAGAUGAUCUAGAGCAACAGAUUGCUGAAAGCAAUGAGGAAAUCGAUCGGAUGCUCCUGAGAAUACAAGACCUAGAACAAGCUGCCCUGAGCAACGCAGAUGCAGCCAAAAAGUGCAGCCAGUUGGAAGCAGAACUGCAGAGAAUGCAGAAGGUUCAGAAAGAGCUUCAACAGGAUAAGGAAGCUCUGCAACAGCAGCAGUACAACAGUGUACUUCAGAUAUCUGCUCUUCAAUCCAAACUAGAUGAGACCAGGCAUAGAGUCCCUACAGAAGGAGAUCCUGACAGUGCCAUAAGAGAAGAGUUACAGGCAGAGCGGGAGGCUUUGCACCGAAAAGAAAAGGAGGCAGACAAUCUGGCUGAACAGCUGGAGCAGUUCAGAGGGGAGCUAGUGAAUAAAACAGAGGAAGCUCUUCAGCUAAAUAUGCAGCUUGAGAUACAACGCAAACAAGCCGAUCUGGCCUUACAGCAAGCACAAGCAGAGUACCUUAACCUAAAGAAUGAAGUAUAUUCACUGCGACAGAAAGUGGACCAGAACAGAGCCAGCUCUUCGAUGCUGCUCCCCCAGGCAUUGAUGCAGGAGAAAAACCAAGAAAUUGAUCACCUGAAUGAUCAGUUGUUAAGAUUGCAACGAGAACACACCGCUGCUGACUCGCACCAUGCGGAGCUAGAAGACUUGAAAUCACUAGUAGAACAUCUCCGCAGUGACCAGCAGCGGCUGCGUAAAGACAAAGAGGAAGAGGUGGAACGUCUGCAUGAAGUCAUUGAGAAGCUGCAACAAGAGCUGGAGCAGCUGGGACCCAAUCGGCAUGAGGUCAGCGACAGCCAGGAAAGCCUGGAUCAGCUGGAGCUUGGCGUGGUGGAAAACUUGCAUAACGAACUGAGAAAAGGGGUGCAGCAUCCUCGACAAACUAGUGGCUUUGGGCUUGAGCAAGCGAGAAAGCUGAGUCAAGAACUGCGGCAGGUGGAGGGUCAGGAGGAUCUGCGUGAUCUUGAGCUAGAUACCUUGAGGCAACAACUAGAGGAGAAAGAGGUUUUGCACAAUGCAGAGGUGGAGGUGCUGGAGGAGAAUCUGCACAAUCUACAGGAGACCAACAGGCAGCAGUCUCAAGAACUUGUCUCUCUUCAAAUGCAGUGUACAACUUUCCAAGAGGAGAGUGAACUACUCAAGAGUCUUUUGGCGGAGCGGGAUGAUGAACUUGCUGCUUUAUCCUCGCGGGUGCAGGAAAUGCAAGACUCCCUGCGCAAACAGACUGCUUCACUCAUAGAGAAGGACCUGCUGGUACAAACCCUUCAGGAGCAAAGGGCUGCAUAUAUGCUUGGGAUUGAAAAUCAUCUGCUGCAGAGGGGCAUCCACCUGGAAGAGGCAUGGGCUGAGCUGCAGGAUUUACAGGAAAGCAAUGCUGCUCACCAGGACGUUGGCAAGAGGGAGAAGUUCAAAGAGGAGAUCCUGAAGAGGCAAAAUGUUAAUAUGGCGGAAUUGCAGCAUCACUUGCAGAAUUAUGGAGCUCUGGGGCAUAGAUUCAAAGAGGCUUCUAUUUACAACAUGUCAGAGCAGCAAGAGAGCCAUGAGCACCAACGUAAUAACACUAAUGAUUUGAAGACUAUCAAGACUGGAAGCUUUACUGAGAGUCUGACUGACAUGAGUGCCUGGGAUUCUCCAGAGAUGGUCAGGAAACAAGAAGAGGCGAUGAACAGUUUGAGAGCCUUCACUCCCUUGUCUCUUCUCAGCAUUGAAUGCAGCAACGAACCAAACUUUGUUUCUUCAAAGUCAUCUGGCCACGUAUCAAGGCUUGAUCCGCCCCAUGACAGGGUAUUCAGUACACCAUCUGUUGCCGGAAGCACUUACUCCAUUCCACCCUCCAACGAUAGGAGCAGUCCGUGUCAAUUUGUUCCCCUCAUACAAAAAAUCAUGAUAGUAGGAAGACAAAGACAGAGUAAUGAAACCGCAACAUGUGAUAGAAUUAGUAGUUGUGAUAUACUUUGUUUCAUUCCAUAUCAGGUUGAUAGCACAGAACAUGCCACCAUAGACUAUGACUCCAGUGAAGACCCAAGAACCGCAAAGGAUCGUGAAAUGGUUUAUGAGCGAUCUGAGCUCUGUGACAAUUCAGACUUUAGCGAUCACUUUAAUCCUGAAAUGAUGACAACAGAACAGUUGCUGCAUAAAAUACAGGAUGUGAAUUCUGUGGGUCAAAAAGGUCUCAUUGGAUACCUACAGAAUAUGGUGAAAGUGGUACAUAAAGAGAGCUGUGAGAUCCUGGCCCUUUCAGAACACCCCGUUGUCCAAGUGUCCGCUCCGCACGAUUUCCUCUCUGAGAAAGUGGAGCAUCUCCUGGCUUCUGACCGUAGCAACCUCCUCUCGGAAGUGAAGGACCUGCGCUCAGAGUUGCAGAGGGCUCACUCACAAAACCAAGAGAAACUGCAGCAGCUGCAGGAGACCCUCGCCAAAACCGAGGAAAGAGGGAAAACCGUGGAGCAUCAGCUGCGCCGGGAGGCGGAGCUGUUGGAAUAUAAGCUGCAGCAGGAAUGCACCGUUUCUGCAGAUCUGAAGGCCUCCCUGGCCCAUGAAAGAGACAGAGCGGCUGAGCAGCUUGGCGUGCUAACGCUAGCGCAGGGCACCGUUUCUCAGUUGCGUGAAGAACAGGAAAGAAUGAUGUUGGAGCAAGAAAAGCUUGUGCAGUCCCAGAAGGAGCUCCAGAUGGAAAUAUCCAGGCUGAGUGAAGAACUGGAGAGAAGGGAGCAAGCCAUUCAAGCCUUAAAGGUGCAGCAUGAACUGGAAAAUAAACUGAUGGAAGAAGAGAAGGCGUUUGCACAGCAGAGACAGGCGCUAAAUGAAAAAUGCAUUCAGGAGCUUUCUUCAUCGUUGGAGGAGCAACGGACACUAACGAACAAGCUCUCAGCGGAUCUGAGCCAGGAGCACUCGUGCAGUAACAACCUCCGCAAAGAGCUUCAAAUAGAGCAGUCUCGGUUUGAGGCUUUGCUUUCGCAGGAGCGCAGCAUGCUGUCACAGUCUCAACAAGAGGUGGAAAAGCUGAAGCAAAACUUGCAAAGUCUCUCUGACACUCUAACGCUUGAGCGCAAUAUGAAAGAACAACUUAAAAUUCAGCACGUGCAAGAGGUCUCCAGGAAGGGGCAAGAAUGGCAGAAGGAGCACAGUCUGGUUCUACAGUUACAAAGCCGGCUAGAGGAAGUGAGCAGUCAGGCCCGAGAGCUAGCUUCCACAAUGGAGAAGAUUCAGAAACAAGCCAACUCUUCCAAACAUCAGCUAGAGUCGGAGAUCCAAGUUGUACGCAAGGAAACUGUAAGAGAACAGGAAGAGGGCUUAAAGCUACGUGCCAUCAUAGAGUCCUUACAGAGUGAGAAACAACAGCUCAAUAGCUCUCUCGUACUACACAGAGAACACGAGGGCAGUUUACAGAGUGAACGUGAUCGUUCAAAAGCUCAACUUUUAAUCCUUCAAGCUGAACAACAAAACUGGAUAAAACCGAGCGAGAAUGAAAGGCAGACAGACCAAGAUGCAAAGACGAACAAAGAGAGAGGAGAUGGACGGGAAAAGUGGCUAAGGGAGAUCUCUAUGUCCUUGGAGGUACAACAAGCACUGAUUAACAAGCUAUCUGCAGAUAUAAGUCGGGAACCAUCUUGUAAUUAUAACCUCAUCAAAGAACUUCAGAUAGAGCAGUCUCGGUUUGAAGUUCUUCUUUCCCUGGAGUGCGGUAAACUGUCACAUGCGCAGCAAGAGGUGGAAAAGCUGAGGCAAGACUUGCAGAGUCUCUCUGACACUCUAACCCUCGAACGCAAUAUGAGGGAACAACUAAAAAUGAAUCAUGCACAAGAGUGGUCCAAAAAAGAUCAAGAAAGGCAGCAAGAGCACAGUCUGGUUCUACAAUCACGAAGCCGGAUAGAGGAACUGAGCAGUCAGGCCAGGGAAUUGGCUUCCAUGUUGGAGAAGGCCCAGAGGCAAUCCAACUCUACCAAACGUCUGCAUGAGUCUGAGGUGCAAAGCGUUCGUGAGGAAACCAAGAAAGCUCAGGAAGAGGCCUUAAGGCUACGUGCUCUCGUAGAGUCCUUGCAGAGCGAGAAACAACAGCUGAACAGCUUCCUAGAGGUGCACAGGGAACGCGUGAGCGGUCUACAGAAAGAGUGUGAUCGCUGCCAAGCCGAAAUCUUAUUCCUCCAAUCGGAACAACGAAACUGGAUUAAAGAGAGAGAGCGAGAAAAGAAAAGGGAUCAAGAAGCAAAGACAAACAAAGAGAAAAUAGAUGAACGUGAAAGACGGAUAUAUGAUUUGCAGCGUCAGCAUGAACAAGAUAUGUCUCGUAUUAAAGAACUGCAGAACAUGUUGGCAGAUUUAGAGGACCAGGAACGUGCGCUGACUUCUCGAAGGAGCCGACUGUGGGCUGAAACGCGCAGUCCUAGAAAAAUCCCUGGCGGCAGCUUAUCUGUAGCGCACAGACAGGACAAGGUUUGGCAGCAGCAUCUGUUCCAAGCUGUCCACCAAGUGAAGAACUGGGUGGAGAAUAAGAGCAGUCCUCCUGCAAAAGAAGACGUGCUGUCGUUGCUGGCAACCUUGUCAGAGUUGAAAUCUGAACUUCAGCAAGAAAAUUCACCACUGCAUUCAACUGAUGCUGUAAACUCCGUGUUGGACGCUGAAAGGGCCGCUUGGCAGUGUGAGAAACGUCUCUUGCAGGCUGCCUUAGCUCGUGCCGAGUCAGAACUCAGCAAGAAGGCCUCUGAGAACAAGCCUACAAUGGACUUGUCUGACUCCAAGAUACAGCGGCUCUACAGGAAGUACCUGAGAGCAGAAAGCUUUCGGAAAGCUCUUAUCUACCAAAAGAAAUAUCUAUUGCUCCUGCUUGGUGGUUUCCAGGCUUGUGAGAAAGCGACUCUGUCUCUGAUCGCCCGCAUGGGUGUAUACCCAUCACCUGCGGAUGUACAGGUUCCUGCGGUUUCCCGGCCGGGGCUUACCAGGUUUCGAUCCGCUGUGAGAGUUGUAAUAGCGAUUUCCAGAUUAAAGUAUUUGGUAGAGAAAUGGCACAAAAUUACUAGGAAGGGAAGCUCUGGAGAGACAGGAGCACAGAGUUCCGCUCUGCUUCAGCAAGUGGCCCUGAGCAGGACAGAUGCUCUGCAACAGUUGGGCAGUAAAGUGCUUAACUCUCCUCCUACUAGAGAUGGACCAUCCUUUCGCAGCAGCCCUGUUCCAGUAGGUAUUCUUUCUCCAAAGCAGAAGAAUAGCUGGACUCCCACCAGACUUACGUACUCUCCUGGCAUACCCUCGGAACGACUACAUUGCAACAGUCAGAAUCCUGAGCACUCAAUCACAAAAUAUAUCAAACAUCUAGAGAUGGUACAGAAGAGACUAGGCGGGCUGUAGGAUGCUGGUUCCAAGAGCCAAAUUACAACACACAUGGUACUUUUCUGAAGUUUCACCAUUUUUUUUAAAUUUACCUGGGAAGUGCAACCUGGAGCCCGUCUUAUUUUAUUUAUAAUUUUUUGCUCUGCUUUCAGUUGUGAUAAACACAUGCACUGAAAAUAUUUUAGCACGUAUAAUAAUUAAGUGUUUUUAUAUUAGGUGCACACCACCCCAUCACAGAAAAGAUCUCUGUUCACAAGCACAGACUACGGAAGCACAGGGUGUUCAAUGUAAUGUUUGUCUGCUUGUUUUGUUUAGUUUUUAAAUGUAAAUCUGAUUUUUGUACAAAAUAAACCUAUAUUUACAAAUGA